CACAUAUUGACCCAUGUCGUCGUCGACCACUGCUUCCCAGGAGGAGCUCAAGGCCAACAAGGUACCGCUGCAAUGGCGGGACGGGUGCUCUGCCCUCGUCAUUCCCCUGAACAUCUGCCGCAAGAAAACGCUUUAUAUGCCGUGGGAGUGCGAUCAUGAGAGGCACGCGUACGAAAAAUGCCAAUACGACGACUACCUCCGGCGCAUGAAGGCCGCAGCGAAGCUCAAGGCAGAGGCCGCAGAGUCCGCGUGAUGAUCCGUUUCGCACACCGUAUCUACCUCGUCCUGUUCUUCCAUGCCUCUGCCAAUGCCAAAGAAGCGCCAUAUAGACGUUCUAGUUUGCUCUCCCCGGCUGCUUUCUUCGUGACAAGGAAUGAUUCUUCUCGGCGACGCAUGUCUCUUUCCCCGCCUUCGCUAUGCUCGGUCGUCGCGAUGUUCAAAUGCAAGCCACCUUACCAGGUCGCUUCUGGCGUCUUUUUCUCCCUCAGACUUCCGGCCCAUCGCGACAGGGAUGAACUUCAGUGUGCAUGGAACUGUUCGGAUGUGGCUCGAUGGUUCGGCUCAAGCACUGUAGAUGCUAAACUAAGGCGUGGUGGGCUUGCCAUCUGGGAGACCGUCUGGCAAGUAGCUUGAGACCAAUCACGAUAGGUCUUGCAUUUGACACUCUGAACGAGAUGUUGGCACAGGCGGAAGAACACCUUUUCUCAGGUGGCUCUUCUGGCCUGGAUCCAAAGCAAAUGCAACCAUGCCCCGGUAAACCGGUCAUGCAUCUUCCCGCUUUCUUUGAUGUGUAAACUAUUCUCGAUUUCUGUACAAUUCACAUACUACACCAACUUGUUGCUGCUAGCUCUAAAUUUGCCAAUAACGGUCAAUAAGCGGACCGUGACCUGUGACCGUGACAGCUAUCGUUCUCGGCCACGCCGUUUUGGGCAUUACGCGUUCUCCGCCUGCUACGAGAUAAUGCUGCAGAUAUGCAGGGCAGAGGACGGAAGCAUUAUCCAGACCAAUGCUGGGGUCCGGGACAUUGAAAGGAUCGGCAGUGUCGAGCUUUUCAUCCAUCAGGAGACGGGAAUUGAUCAGGAUGCUGUUAUUGCGUAUCUUCCGGACGGGAAGAGGCUGACGAAUAGCAAUCUUCGGGAGUUGAAUGGGUCGCAGACCCAGUCUAUCUUUGUCUUCAACAAGUACUAUCUUGACUUGAAUAUGGACGAAGUGCUUCGUGAACUGUGUUACCAAGCCCCCAUGGCACCUCCGAUUGAAGACGCCAUCUCAGCUACGCCGCCGUUCAGGCCUUCGCAAGUCGCAGCGUCCUACCACCGAACGGCGACGACACACAUGAAUCAUGUCACCCACAUACUGGCCACGCUGCACUGCCAACACGAUGCGUUGCGGGUCGCACUCACCAGUCUCGACAUGCACGUUCUGGCCGUCACUGAAACAUUCGAAGGCGUUUCCGCUAGUGCCCAGGUAGAGCUAAACAAGCAGACCGUACUGCUGGCCGGACUGGAGGCUGAUCUAGAUAUCAUCGGUCGUGUGCGAGUUCACACGGAAUUUGUUUCCCUUGCUGUGAGGAAGGCGAUUGAGGCGGGGGAGAAGCCGAGGACUUUGGGUGACUACGUGUCGGAUAAGAGGAUGAGGCAGGUCGGGAACACUUGCUUGAGAACACAUGAGGAUCUCCAGGAAAUGUUUCGCCAGACGAAACAGGCUGUAUCGCAUCUGCGGAAAGGCGCCGAUGGUGUGCGUGUUCUAGUAAUGGCUGUCAGCCUUCUGGACGAAUCCGAGUUAUGUGCUCAGCGCUCUCAAGAUCUCGUUGAAAAGAUCUCCCGCGGCGCACUCGCACUAGAAGGCCACGUUCCCGAUCCGGAUGGUGUUUUACAAGAGCUCCGCCAACAUGACUUUUCACUCCGCCAGGAACUGCAAUACAUGGCCAACAUCAAGAACUCGUACACUCAAUACUGCAUAGGUGCUCUGCGGACGAUAAGCAUGCUGAACAACGACAUGGUGCAGAUACCGCCCAUGCUUGCCGCGCUACAGACAAGUUUCCGGGGGAGGAACAGCUUCUCGCAUAUCCAGCGAUUGCACAGCAUGCUGUAUGCUUACGGCGCGACUGUGAUUGAGAUCGUAAGGAGGAAGGAGUUUGCACGGUUCUUCUAUCAGCGAGCACAGAGCAUACUGGAGGUCAUGGCCAAACUCUCUGCGACAGAGAAAAAACGGAGGCAGAUGCAUCGUGGCGAAGUGCAUGGUCAAUUGCCGUUCGAGACCAAGGGAAUGAACGAUCCGGUUCCCACGAUCGACUUUUCACCUUCUGGUAGCUUGGAUGCCACGUAUUCUUUAGAGCGAGAAGACAUUGACGGUUUGUUUAAUAUCUUGGACGACAUCGAGAAUGCAUGUUCGGACGAUGCCGUUGCACUCGCUGCCGUACGUGAAAGCCGGGCCGGGCUACACAAGCUAGUGGUGAAGAUGGACAGUUUGGAGGCCGGCUUCGAUCGGAUUGCGGAGCGAUCAUUGCUUUCAGCUUCGCGGCUGUCCUCAUCGCGGCGUCGAUCAACCGAAGCGGAUGAGCAAGCGUUUCAGGAAAUGUCUCAACAGAUUCGAGAAGCCCAAGAGUUCCGAAUGCACCAGGAAGCGGUGCAUCGAGAAGAACGGCUAGGUCUGCAGGGUCAGAUCCAUCAGCUCCACCAAGGACGAGAAAGUCUGGAACGUGAAUUGACCGAGGAGAGGCUAGUUUCGGAUAGUCUAAGGCAUGAGUUGUCCACGAUUCGCGCCGAUCUCGAUGAUGCCAAGGCUCUCGAUGCGAGAAAUUCGGAGAAAAUGGCUGCUCUGCUGGCUGAACAGGCUGCCAACCUGCAAACACUCGAGGAAGCGCGAUCUCGCGGGGAGGACCUCGAGGGGCAGAUCCAAGCUGAGAGGGAGAAGGUUGAACAGGCUCUGAGCGAGGCGGGCCGAGAGAAAGACCGAUUGCUGCGUGCGCAGGCCACAGAACACGACAGGAUUAUCCGCGACCAUUUGGCUGAAGCGGAUGGGGACCGGGCGGUCCUCGAGCGGCAAUUCCAUGAGCUCAAAGCUGUGCAGGAACGGACGCAACGAGAGCUCGACGCAGCGCGCGAAGAGAUUAAGUUCAGUGAACGGGAAGCACGAGAAGCCAAACACGCUGAACGGAUGCUGAGAGAUGAUCUGCGGGCCGGGCGGGCGUCGCAGUCGGACUACGAGCAGAGACUAGAGGACAGUGGCCGGCUGGUUGCUCAGAUGCUCGACGUUGCUCUGGCCUUCCGAGACUCCCAUCUCAAAGCACUGCACGCGACACACCUCAUGGCGAGCCACCCUGGUCGGAGCAGUCUCGGCGAAUCCAUUAGCGUGUUUUCCACUCAGCCAAUGCUGGACGAGCCGCCACCAAUCGAUCCGUCGGACCCAUCGGCCGCUUUAGACGCGCUGCGGGCGUUUGAUCACGACCAUUUCGUGGAAUCGGUCAGCAAAACGGGUGGGGUCAUCCGCAAGUGGCAGAAACAAUGCAAGGAGUAUCGUGAACGGGCAAAGGGCAAGAUCUCAUUCCGGAACUUCGCGAAAGGUGAUUUGGCGUUAUUUUUGCCCACCAGGAACUCGGUUCUGAAGCCCUGGGCGGCGUUCAACGUGUCAUUUCCGCAUUACUUCCUGCAGGCUACUGGGCAUCUCUCAGAUCAGCUCAAGACCAGGGAAUGGAUCGUGGCUAGGAUCACAUCGAUAACGGAGCGAGUGGUCGAUCAUCAUGACCCAACCAGUAACCCUUAUGGCUUGGGUGAUGGGGUCAAGUACUACAUGCUCGAGGUCGAAGACUGGACACAGCAGCAGCCUCAAAGGCGCAAAGGAUCUUCCAGACGGGAAUCUGCGGGACAGCCGACCUCGCUCUUGCUCUCCUCGGACGGAUCGCCACCGGCUCGACUCACUGGGCUUCCGUCUGGACCGCCAGAAGCCCAAGUCGAGGACACGUUCACGCAGACGCACGUGUUUCCGCGGACGAGCUCGUCGCCCCCGGUGAGGCCGUCGUCGCUGUCGCGAUUACUGGCACAGGCGCCCCCCUCGUCAACCUCGCCCCCUGAUGCAGUGGAACCCGGAGAUGGACCCAGUUCGCCACAGACCUCCCCGCCUCCACCUUCUUCGCCAAGUCUUCCGGGGAGCCAUCCAAAGGCCACCAUCCAGGCACAGAGCAGUGCUUCGCCGUUGCGACCCGCAUCUCGACUAUCGAACGCGUCUCGAUUCUCUGUUGGCAUCGUCGGAUCCUCGGCCAAAGCUGCACCGACGACCGCACUGGCUGCGGAGGUCCUCUCGUCGUCCCCAGAUGCUGCAGACACGAAUGCGUUUACCACCCCGUCGCCUGUCGAGUCUGUGACGGACGGGAUCGCAAAUCUCGUGCGGGAUCCUAGGCACAGAAAGAUCUCGUAUCAAGUGCCGCGGUCGUCUCCGCUGGCGCCGAGCACGUCUCAUGAGAUGACUGUCCGGUCGAGCAGCAGCAGCGCGUUCGCGAAUCUCGCGAACAGCUGGGGCGUGGCAUUCGGCCGCAAGAAGAAGAUGGAGUCGGACGAAGACGCUGGGGAGCAACAGCCCAUGAGUGCUGCUUCGGAUCUGUUGAAGAGAUUUUGAGGAGGUCUGAGGAUGUAGACACGGGUCGGUCGGAUGUACUGUGGAUGUGAAUGUAGCUCGUCGACACACGGAUUCUGUCUACCGUCCCGCUGUUUUAGGAUUCGGUUCUCACGUCAGGUCUCCGGUGUUGCUAAAACACGAGAAUCCAGGUACGGUGCGG